CGGGAAGACGCCGGCGGCCAUUAUUAUUAGGCGGGGGCUCAUACGAACGCAGCGCGCUGAACACUGGGCAGGGAGUGAAGGCAUGCCACUCCUGCACGUUGUUCGUGCACUGGGAGGUCGAGCGACUGAUGAAACUCGUGCCGGGGCAUGCGAGACGGCGAGGUGGCCCAACAAGUCGUUCAGACUGGGCAGCGGAUGAGGAGAUUCUGAGCACAUUCGCUGAGGAUUUGGACGUUUGUCCCCACCACGCGGCGCCGAACUCGAAUGUCGAGUCGGAAGGCUGGUGCUCGGAUUGGUGAGGCGCGGUGAAAGACGGCGCUCCGACAUCUUGGCCUACUUCUGGGGAUAGAUCGCAUGUUGGACCCCCUGUCACGGCACAGAUAUCUGCUUCGACAUCUUAUCUCAUGUCUCAUGUCCGCUUCGUGAAGCUCGGGCUUUGCGCAUCGUUUCGCUGAGCCCAAUCUCGUCGAAGCGAUUCUGUCUCCUAUCCUCGGAGGGAGAGUGUAAGAGCAAGAACUCCUCUGAGCUCUGCACUUUGUGGCACUGAGGCUGGGCGGGAGUUGCUCGUCGCUGGAGAUUCGAGCUGACGAGCUGGUGGAGCAACAUGACAGUUGCAACUGUGGCAUCCGCCGCGGACGAUGCGAAGGGCUUACAUGCUCCUCGUGCAGACGAGGGCGCGUUGACAGAAACCGCGGAGGACAUAGUUGUCGAUAAAGCGGUGCUGGAAGGAUUGCACAGCAGAACUAUGGGUGACACGGAGCACAAUUGGUGUCGAGCAGUUGGUAGUGGAACUGGGAUCACCGUUCUAGCCGUGCUCUUCUCUCGCCCGGUCGAAGUUUCGGCCCUGCAGCGUGCUGUCGAUUCUUUGCAGAUCCGACAUCCGAGAUUGCGCUCUGAGUUGGUUUGGAUUGAAGGUAAGCCAGCCUUCCAAGUCGGCGAUUCUUCACAUGUCGAGGUUGAGGUUAUUGAUGCUCGCAACGAGAGCUCAGCCAGAGGGUCUUGUGAGGAAGUGAAGGAGGAGGUAGACGAAAUGCAGGAUCAAGAGGACCGACACUGUGGAGAUAUGCAGGACGCAGAAGAACAUGAUUGGAUGAAUCAUGUUGAAAGCGAGCUGAACACCAAUCUAUGGCCAGAACAGCACCAUUCCCUGGCUCCCCAGAAGAUGUUGGUGGUGCGCCUCUACUUACGACCGAGGGACUAUUCUCUUCUCGUUUUCCGAGUGCACACGGCUGUCUGUGAUCGGGUGGCUGCAGCCACAUUGCUGGUUGACCUUCUGAGAGCGAUGCGCCACUGUCCACCUCCGAGUCCGCUCCUUGAAGAUGAUUAUGAAUCGAGCCCCGUCCUGGUUGAUGGGGAAUCGUUGUCCGAUUCGGCAGAAAUGCGACUGAUGUCGGUGGAAGAUGCAAUUCCGCCCGGCCAGGCCAACAAGCCCUUCUGGGCUCAUGGAAUUGACUUGCUAGGGUAUUCGCUGGGUUCAAGACGACAUGCCCUCCUACCGUUUGAUAAUCCUAUGGAGCCUCGACGCUCGAAAGUCAUCCAUUCUGUCCUUAGUGUGGAGCAGACGCAGCAGCUCUUGGCAGUAUGCCAGAAGGAGAACACCAACAUUUAUGGAGUACUUUGUGCAGCAGGACUGAAGGCCGCUGCAAUAAUGAAGCAGCUUGCGAGGAGAUCAGAACAUUAUGCCCUCUGUACAUUGAUUGACUGCCGUCAGUACCUGGAACCGAAGCUACCGCAAUCGGUUGUCGGUUUUUACCAUUCUGCUCUCAUGAAUACUCACCAUGUGAAUGAGGUUACUGAUUUCUGGGAAUUGGCACGAAGAUGUUCAACUACCCUCGAGAACGCAAUGAAAAACAGGAAACACUUUACAGACAUGGGAGAUCUCAACUUUCUCAUGUACCAGGCUAUUUCACACCCAGCGUUGACACCAUCAUCAUCUAUGCGAACAUCCCAGCUGGUGCUGUUCCGAGAUCCAAUUCUGGUUCAAAUGGAGGACUUGGCCAAAGAAAUGGGCGUUGAGCAUUAUCUUGGGUGCUCGUCGAUUCAUGGAGUGGGGCCAGCCCUUGCUAUGUUUGAUUCUGUCAGGAAGGGAGCUCUUCAUAUUACAAGUAUAUAUCCUUCACCAUUGUAUAGCCGAAGCCAGAUCCGGACAUACGUGAGCACUAUGCUGGAAUUAAUGGUGCAUUCAAGCCAAAAAUAAGUAGAGCUUGAGUCUAGUUUGUAUAUAUCUAUCAUAUAUUAAGCAUAUCAUAACUCUGACCAGGGGUAGCCAGACCGAACUUUCGAGCCUGUCGGCUGAUGUGUGUAAUGCUGCGUAGUCGGUUAGAGUGAGUCAUUGAUCCUUUUCCUUCGACAUCUUCAGCUGUUAUCAUUAAUUUUUUCUCCAUGUACUGCUGAUGGAAGAGAACCGUAUCACCAUUAGAAUGAUUAUGCCUGUUGCAGUCCUGUUUUUCUGGUAUAUUCAGAACUGCCAGCUCCUUGAUGAACUCUGCUUUUUAGUUGGUUCAGAUUUCAGAACACUCUAAGAAGUGUAUCUUCCGAUUAGGAAUGUCACUACGAGACCCUACCAACAAUUCCAAGUGGUUUCAGCACGAUACCACGCAAGCUCUGUUAUCGCAGGAUAGUCCUUGUCUCAUCGUGUUUGUCUAGAAUCUGCCGACUGCAGGCCCGAGUAUCGCAUUUGUUUUUCGUCAAAGAGUGUGAUUGUUAAGUAGUUUCUGAUUGUCGAGAAAAGGUGGACAACCAGUUGGCGGAAUUCAGCUCCAAUCGAUACAGGGUAUGGGUCCCAUGCCGGCAGGUGCGCACGCCUCUCGUACAUGUAGAAAAUUCAACAGCUCGGCGGAAACUAACAUGACUUUGAUAUCUGUAGAGAACGAAGGUAUCUCGUUUCGCUUGUAUACCUGUGAUGAAGACAGGCGAUGCGAAACAGAAGCUUCGUUAAAACAUAUGGCUGCAGGACGAACUGCAGGAUCACCAGCGAUUCUUUCAGAAGAACCUGAGAGAGAUAACUUACUCACUUGGUAGUUCAUUGAACAGUUGGCUUUGGACUUCGUUAGUAAACCUACGAACUGAAAUGCAAGGGGGAACAAGUUUUGUGGUGUUUUAGUCCUUUCAGUGAAAUACAGGAAGGGUCUGCCAGAGGUUUCUUAUCUACUCACCCUAAUCGACAUGCGAAACAGAUUGUGAAUCAGUAGGUUGAAAUCCUAUUGCUUGCCGUACACGCAGUCCUCUGUCCCUCAAUGCUCUGUAUGACCUCACGGAUUUGAAGCAUGGCAUCAACACAGCACCAUGGGGAUCUUCAGAUCAAGCAUGGGGAUGUUUGGAUCGUCAGAUCAAGCACCAGAUGCCUGUCGAUCAUCAAUUACGGAACGACCACUUGAGUCCAAGAUCGUUAAUCCAACUAGUUAUAAGAAACAGUUCUUGCUCAACGACAUAGCUACGACUAAGUGAUUCUAUACGUUUCUUCUUUGACAGACUAAACAAAU